AUGGCGCCCACAGUCCCUAGAUUGCGCAUCCUGUCAGUCGGCGGAAAUGCCGUCUCUGCCUUCAUGUCAUGGAGACUCUCGGCGACCAACGCAUGCGAUGUCACUCUCGUCUGGAAGAACGGCUUUGAGAAUGUGUCGCAGUACGGCCUCUCGUUCAAAUCCGCUACUUUCGGAAAUGAGAGAUUCAAGCCCAGACAAGUCGUCCGUACACCUGAAGAAGCAGCAAAAUCGUCAAGAGCACCGUACGACUACGUCCUUUUGUGCGUCAAGGCCCUCCCUGACGUGUACGACAUUGCGUCCAUCAUCGAGUCGGUCGUCGCUCCUCAGCACACAUGCAUCUUGAUCAACACAACACACUCCCUCGGCGUCGAGUCAUAUCUCGAGCAACGAUUCCCUACAAACGUCGUAUUGUCUCUUGUGGCCGGUGCCGAGCUCUCACAGAUCGGCGCGAGUGAGUUUGAGCACAAGGGUUCAGCUGAGAUUUGGGUCGGGCCUGCCAACAAGAACCCCUCGAUUCCUGCAUCGAUACAGUCAGAUAUGGCUGAAGCAUUGGCCAUGACCUUGAGCUCCGGCCAAGUUGACUGCAAAGUGUCGACUAACAUCAGACAGCAACAGUACGAGCGCAUGAUUGGUCCCAUCACUUUCCACCCUGCCAGUGUCUUGUUUGAAACGCCCAACCACGCCGAGCUUCUGGAGAAGACAGGUGCUCGUGCCAUGAUCACCGGCAUCAUCGACGAGCUCCUCGUUCUUGCACAAACCCAAGGUUGCGUUUUCCCUGAGAACUUCCACGAGCAGACCAUGGAAGCCAUGAUCCAGCCCACCGCUACCCCCAGUACCAUGUACCAAGAUUUCACCGCCCGCAGACCUCUCGAAAUCGAGACAUUCCUCGGCGCUCCCAUCAAACUUGCCCAAGACAUGGGUGUUUCCGUUCCUCGCAUCGAGACGCUGUACGCUCUUCUUCACAACGCCAACACAUUGAACCAAUCCCGCCCACCUCCUGCAGCUGCAAUCUCACCACCAAACCCUGCACAAACUCCUCGCGUGGGCUCCGGCCCAAAUAUGGGUCCUGGCCCUAAUCAGCGUGGCCCAAUGAACGGUCCGAUGAAUGGUCCGAUGAACGGCGCUAUGCCUGGCCAUCCCGGUAGACCUGGAAUGAUGAGACCUGGAAGCAGAGCCCCCUCCAUGACUGGUGGCCCACCUCCUCAAAUGCGCAGAGGUCCAUCGAUGAACAACGGCUUCGGCCCAUCCAUGAGAAUGAAUGGAAACGGUCACCGUGGCCCUCCUCAGCAGCCAACACGGCGCCCAUCCCUUGAAGACAACGAACUCGAGGAGUUCAGUCACCUGAUGCUUUACGACAACUUGCCAGAGGGCGCUUUGCCCGAAGGCGCAAUUCCAAACGGUGCCGGUCCUGGAGGCGAGAUGGGCAUGCGCGAGAGAGAAUUCGCCCUGCGUCAAAGAGAGCUAGCUCUAAGAGAGCAAGAGUUCAGCAUGAGACGUCGUAUGCCUCCUCCUCCUGCCUCUCACGCUGGAGGCUUCGAUGAUGACGAUGAGGACGGCGAAGACUACUUUGACCCCAUGGCCGCAGGAAGAAACGUCCCCAUGAUUGAUCCUGACAAUUUCGACAUGAUGAGCGUCACCUCGAAACGUGCACGCAAGGCGCCCCCACCUUCCGCUAACCAGCUCCGCAACAACCCGGAGAUGGGUGGUCACCAAAUGAGAGGAGGAGGUGGCGGCAGAGGCAUGUUCGGAAGGCCUAAGGUGCAGAACCGAACCAGUGCUAGACUCAUGUCCGAAAUUCCCAACCUUCAUGACAACCUCAUGGGCAACCCAUUGCUAGGCUACUCGUCAGACAGAUACGGAGGUGUUGAUCGUCACAACCUUGGUCAGGAAUCGAGAACCAACUCACUUACUGCAGAACGCCUGAACGAGCUUUCACGAGGCGGACCUCCGGGACAAGGCCCUUACCCCGGCCCAAUGCCACCCCAGAUGGGCCGACGUGCCAGCAACUCCCCUGGACACCCUCUAGGACCUCCAAGAGGACCUCCUGGCCAACGUCCUUACCCACCAAAUGGACAAAACGGAUACCCGCCCCACAUGAACGGCCGACCUUCUCCUCCAGGCGCUAUGGGCUCGCCAAUGCAACGCCCGAUGGGCCAGCAAGGCCAAGUGCCACAGCAUGUUGAACAGCAGAACGGGGUGAGCCAUCUCUAUCCGCCCAAAAGCGGCCCUCAAGAACGCAGUCUGACAGGUUCCGCGAGCGCUAGCGCGGGGAGUGGUGACAGUAACCACUCGGUGCCCCUUGAUUCCGACCCUUCGGCCCACAGCAGCUCCAGCAGUCUAGGACCUCGCCCGCCUCAAGGCUUCCGAUAG